UCCACUUCGAAGUUUCGCCGGUUCCAACAGGUUUCAGCUCACAUUCAACGACGACGAACGUUCGAGCGUUCGAGUCUUCGAGGGCUUGUUUACUCUAUGCACCGGCCUCCGCUUUGCGGCUGCGACUUGCGCUUUUCAUUCCAGAAUCCAGAUUUUGUUGCUAUAGCAAGUCAUAGCACAUUCGUUCGCUAUCUCCAGAGAAAAGGUAGCCGAAGAUGUUAGACGAAGAGUUACUUGAGAUGGCAAAAGCCCAUGCCUCAAGCAGAAUCAAGUCAUCUGUCAAAUCAUCUUUCCCGACUUUGGUUCAACGCAGUGCCUCCGUUGUAAGCAACAACGUUUCUCUUCUGUAUGAUAUGUACGGACCUGAAACUGAUUUCAAAUUCUCCAACAAGACCAUUGAGCUGACUUUUAGGGAGUUCUUCAAUAGAAGACGGGAUGAGAUCGAAGAAGUAAGUCACAUUGCAGGCAGGAAACUUGCUCUCCUGCUAAUGAACUCGACUAUGGUCACGUUCAGCUUCAACAAUCUCCCCAAAAUCCCUCUAGAAGAGUUAAAGAAUGGUACCUCAUCUGUAGAAGACUGUGACAGCGAUGAAAGUAGUCAAAGCUGCAAGGAUGUCUACAGUGAUAACAUCUGGGAAAAUAUGGUGUUGGCCAAGUUAGUGAAGGUUGCUCCAAAUUUGACUGAAUUGGUAGACUCCUACUCUUACAUUGGAACAGACUAUGACGGAGAGGAGUUCUACAUGGAAGAAGAUGAUUUAUAUAGCAGAUUUGAGCACAUUCUGCCGUACAUGAUGCAGUUGAAGAAGAUACAGACUUUUAAUUUUGAAGGAAACCCACUUGAUGAUGACGAUUUGGUCAGCAUCGCCGAACACCUUCCUGAACUUCGCACCCUUCUGUUCUCUUCAUACUAUCUUGGGGUAGAUGGAAUUCGGGCUUUGGCCAAGCUGCCUCACCUUGAAUCGGUGAUCUUUGAGGGUGCCACACAUGAAUGUAGCUUGGAAGAAGUUGAUGUUAUGAUGAGUUUUAUGAAAGAACUACCUCAUUUGAAGUAUGUGGGCUGCGAGCCGAGGGCCAUGCUGAAGAACAAAAAUGACCAUGGCCCUCACAGACUGCCCUCCUUUAGAAGAGCUACUGACUUGGGCAUCAAAUACCUGUACAUCCACAGCAAGAUCAACAAGAAGGGCAAAAACACACGACUGCCAAACUUGUCAUCUAUGACAAUCGAGUCACUUGAAACAAAACAAGUUAAAAAUGUACUCGAAUUGGGACUGCAGAAUCUGAAAGAGCUGUACUUCAAAGGAGUAGCUAUCGCGCAAGUUUUGCCCAUUCUUCAAAGUACAGGCAGAAACUUGGAGGUCCUGAACAUGAAGGGUGUUUACGACUUGAGCAUCCUCCAGAUUCUAGACUUGUGCCCUAAUUUGAAGAGCCUCUACUUUUCCUGCUCCGAGCAUGCCAUUGUUAACGCCACUUUAGACCAGCGCAACUUUCAGUUCCUUGAAGAUGUCUGCAUUAGCACCAACACUUUUGGUUACCCUCAGAAAUGCCCUGAACGAUUCUUGGUGUUGCUCCUCAGUGCUCCGAAUCUGAAAAAGGUGCAUUUGUCUGGCGUUGGAUACAAGAGUUCCGACUACAAAAAGGUCGUUGAGAAACUGAGGUCGUGUGAUAUUUUGAGGCAACUUGAGAAAUUCAGUAUAACUCUGAGCAAAGAAUUGGUCUGUGAAGAACUCUUCACAAUGAUCAAGCACAUGACUGCCUGGUGCCCGACCCUGGCAACUCUAAAAACUGGCAAGCACAUCAAGCAUCAUGUUUCAGAGUUUGAAAAAUCAGUCAAUAUGAAACAACAGUCUGGUCUCUUCUAUGACAGUGACAACUUUGACAGCUUCUACGCUGAUUUUGCUUGAUGUAAGCUUAGCAAAAAAUUUUAUUUUUAUUUUUCAACCGGUUAAAAUAUUAACAUGUACUUUAUAUUAUUUUUUAUUUGAAACAAAAACUAUUUUGUGGAAAAAUGCAAAUAAAGACUUGUGUCAUAAUUUAAUCUGCUCAUAA